GGUUUUAGAGCAACCGCCGGUUUCUCUCUCUCUCUCUCUCUUUCUCCUUGGUAGUGGUUGGGUUGGCCUUUGUUGCUGUCGCGCGACUAGGGUUUUACGCAAUCCUUUCCUUUGUCAGUUCGGGUUUUGUGCGCGUUCGCGAGGCGGCUAGGGUUUGACUCUUGUUCCCUGGCCUCCCCCAUAAAUUUUUCCUCCAAUUCAUUUUUGUCUUGUACAGCCUCCGACCUCGCAUUGUGUGACAUCCACGUUCUCAAGGUUGCAACUUAUUUUUUUCCCCUUUCUCUUCUCUCUUGGGAGUUCGAGUUCAAUUUGUGUUCGUUGAUUCUUUGAGAAUUCGCCGGUUUCCACCCAAUUUCUCCUAUAAAAAUUCCGGGGGGUUUUUCUCUCCGGUACACUCUAUCUGUUCGAUCGUUCCGGGAAGACUCAGGUUUGGAAUUCCCUGAAUCUUGGGUGAUUUCUUUCGUCAAUAUCAAUCCGGGUUUUGCUUAUCGCUGAAUACUUGUUCUUCUGUUCUUGCCCCUUUUUGGGUGUCAAAGAUCGUCAUUCUUUUUUGUUCCGGUGUUUAUAUUGAUUUGGCAAAUUGCCAGACUUCAGUAUAGGAAAGCUUUUGGUUUCAGAUAGUUGCGAAAUUCCGCCAUGAAUUUUUCUGAACCCGGACUGCCGCUUAUGCCGGCAAUGCUCCAUUAUGUCAAUGGAGGCGACGCGGUUGCGUAUUGGUCCCAAUUCGAAUUGAGAAGCGAGGAAUUUGAUGUGAAUUCGGAGUUCGAUCAACUGCCUCCUCCCUUAAAGAGACCCAGGAACUUUGAGGACAACCGAUCGAACUCCACGGCCUCAAAUCCGAGGCCUACUCCUCCAGUCAAUAAGGGAACGACCAACAUUUUCUGGAAGACUCGGAUGUGCGCGAAGUUCAAAAUCGGCAUGUGUCGGAACGGCGAGAACUGCAAUUUCGCACAUGGGGUUGAAGAUAUGCGGCAACCUCCGCCCAAUUGGCAAGAGCUUGUCGGCAUGCGCGACGAGGAUAAUAAAUCCUCCGGGAAUUGGGAGGAUGACCAGAAAAUUAUACAUAGGAUGAAGCUAUGCAAGAAGUUCUAUAAUGGGGAGGAGUGUCCUUAUGGGGAUAGAUGCAACUUUCUUCAUGAGGACCCGGCUAAGUUUAGAGAUGAUUCGGGGAGGUUUCGGGAGACCUCAGCGAUAUGCAUCGGAACCACUGGAAUGCCAACGGGGCAAGGAACUGGUUCUAGUCAGUCUGAUGUUAGUCGGCCCAAUGUUGGAGUGGAUGGUAGAGUAACUUCAAAGCCUGUUUACUGGAAAACAAAGUUGUGUACUAAGUGGGAGAUAACAGGUCAAUGUCCUUUUGGUGAGAAAUGUCACUUUGCGCAUGGACUAGCAGAGUUGCAGUCGCCUAGUGGACGAUUUGAAGGAGAGGCGGUGCAAACGGCCUCGGCGGUCACUACAAAUCCUCAACCUCAACUACUUCAUAUCAAUGACGGCACUCCUCUCAUGACAGUGAAUGGUCCUACAUCAACGGAAGAAGCACAGAGCAAGAAGUGCUUACUGAGAUGGAAAGGACACAAGAAGAUCAACCAGAUUUACGGCGACUGGCUUGAUGAUUUGCCGUUAGUGCAAAACUUGCCGAAAAAAGUCGAGAGUUGAUACUACUUCGCCUAGAUCUUGGUGCCGUCAAAAUUCUUUCUUUGCAAGCAUUAGUGUCUGGACUAGACUAGUCUUCUAGUGUGUGGAAAAUGAAUGAUGCGGUCUGUACAUCACAUACUCUGUUUCAGGAAUUUAAUUUGGUGUAUGGUCCAUAGUUUUUCUGUUUCAAACUGUCUUUUCUUUCGUUGGUGAUCAGUUUAGGAUGUGAUAUAGUUCUCGCAAUACAGGUGAUUUGUUCUUAUAUUGGAUUGAUUCGUUGUCAGCUUAUUUAUUGGAUUUCUAAUGGGAAAGCUCAAAUUUUGAUGGUGA